AUGGCGGGCGAAAAGGCGAUCAGUCUGGAUGAGAUUAAGAACGAGAACGUCGAUUUGGUAAUUGAGGAUCGAUCCAUCUCUUCGUCUCCCUUUAGUGAAUUCCAUACAGUUCCGGUUGCUCUUUCUUUCCCGAUCGCGUUGACUUUGGGGGAACUGGUGCUCCUCGGUGGGGAUUCUAGUUCUCCGAUGGCUUCUCUCCUCCGUUUUCGUCGGCGAUUCCUGCUGCCUUUUCGCACGGAUCUUGGGGAUCGGGGUGGCUGCGCAUUUGGUUCUGGUUUCUGUGAUGUGUCUGUUUUCCGGUGGAGUUUUGAAUUUCCAAUCCGAAUUCUUCUCCCAAAUUUUCGCGUCGGUGGAGCACGAUAUCGGAUGAUUUUUUUGAAUCGAUGCUGUUGACUUUGUAGAAUCUGUCGAUCCUAUUUCGCUUCUGGAGUGAAGUGCCGUCAGUCUCGAUCUGUUCCUGAAUCCAUAUCCUUCCUCAUUUCUCUGCUGUUCCUUCCAUCUCGGUCCGAGCACACAGUUCCUCAAUUCAUCUCCAUCUAUCGGGAGGAAAACCUCCUCCACGUCGCGAUUUCGUCGGAAAUGAAACUGACAGGGGGGAGGAGACUCUCACGGAGAAUUAUUUCCAUCGAUCCAUUUUCCUCUUCUUCUUCUUCUUCUUCUUCUUCUUCUUUUUCCCUUUCCUUUCUCUGAACUUCGUAGUUACUGAGAAUUGUUUUUUCUCCGGGAUCUCUCUCUCCUCAGAGACUCUCGCCACUUCUGCUGUACAUCCCGCUUCCUAGAGCUUUCUUCCCCUCGGAUGGGAAUUCCAUUCGGAAAAUCAACCACUUCGAGUCCUCUAGCACCGCGUCCCUCGUUGAUCUACUGAAUAUCAACGAGGCCAUAUCUGACUACCGCUGUUCUUCCGUCUCUGUUCGAGCGAGAUUGGUCCCCUCCAGCCCGGAGGGAAACCAGAGUGAGGCUGCUGUGGCUUUUAACCUUUCCUGUUUUGGUCUGCUCCAUCGUGAUUCUUCUACUACACCGAGGGGCGAUGUUCUUCUUCGAACUGAAGAGAAAAAGUUAAAACUUCUUUAUCUUUUUCUUUUUUUCCAUGGGACCCUCUGUGUGCAUAAGUUUUGUUGGAUAGCGUACGGCUCCGGAGUCAUGAACAUACGGAGAUUUGGUGUUCGUUUUGUAUCGUCAGGAACGAAUCCCGAUCGAGGAGGUGUUCGAGCAGCUGAAAUGCACCAAGGAAGGUCUCUCCGAGGAGGAGGGGAGGAGCCGUAUCGAGAUAUUCGGGCCCAACAAGCUCGAGGAGAAGAAGGUAAAGGGUUUACUGCUACCGCAGAGUUUACCUUACCUUCUUUCUUUUCCCGGCGUUGACCCCGCAGAUUUUCCAUGGACAACAGGAGAGCAAGAUCCUCAAAUUUCUGGGUUUCAUGUGGAACCCUCUCUCCUGGGUCAUGGAGAUGGCUGCUCUGAUGGCCAUCGUCCUAGCCAACGGCGACGGGAGGCCCCCGGACUGGCAGGACUUCGUCGGUAUCGUCGUCCUCCUGGUGAUCAACUCCACCAUCAGUUUCAUCGAAGAGAACAACGCCGGCAACGCUGCCGCCGCUCUCAUGGCUAACCUCGCCCCCAAGACCAAGGUAAAUAAGUCAACUUCAAGUUCUGAGGAUGAACCAGAGUUUUGUUGUUGUUCUUGAGCUUGAUCGCUGUGUGUUAUUUCCCAGGUGCUCAGAGACGGGCGAUGGACCGAGCAGGAGGCCUCAAUCCUCGUCCCCGGGGACAUCAUCAGCAUCAAACUGGGGGACAUCGUCCCUGCCGAUGCCCGUCUUCUCGAGGGCGAUCCACUGAAGAUCGACCAGUCUGCUCUCACCGGAGAGUCGAUUCCAGUGACCAAGAAUCCGGGAGACGAGGUCUUCUCUGGCUCCACCUGCAAGCAGGGCGAGAUCGAGGCCGUUGUCAUCGCCACCGGAGUCCACACCUUCUUCGGCAAGGCCGCACAUCUCGUGGACAGCACGAACCAGGUGGGCCAUUUCCAGAAGGUGCUCACCGCCAUCGGUAACUUCUGCAUCUGCUCCAUCGCCAUCGGCAUGGUGGUGGAGAUCAUCGUCAUGUACCCGAUCCAGAGGCGAAAGUACAGAGACGGAAUCGACAACCUCCUGGUUCUCCUGAUCGGAGGGAUACCCAUCGCUAUGCCCACUGUCCUGUCUGUGACCAUGGCCAUCGGCUCCCACAGGCUCUCCCAGCAGGGGGCCAUCACCAAGAGGAUGACGGCCAUCGAGGAGAUGGCCGGCAUGGACGUCCUCUGCAGUGACAAGACGGGGACUCUGACUCUGAACAAGCUCUCUGUGGACAAGAACCUGGUGGAGGUUUUCACCAAGGGGGUGGACAAGGAGCACGUUCUCUUACUGGCAGCCAGGGCAUCGAGGACGGAGAAUCAGGACGCCAUAGAUGCCGCCAUGGUCGGAAUGCUCGCAGACCCCAAGGAGGUAUGUCCCCAACCUCCAUCCCCCUCCCCUUCCUGAAAUAAAUUGAGAAAAAAAAAAAACAGAAGAACUUAAUUUUCUUCUUACCUUGGUCGCCAUCAUCCGCAGGCGAGAGCUGGCAUCAGAGAAGUCCACUUCCUGCCCUUCAACCCUGUGGACAAGAGGACUGCGCUGACUUACAUUGAUUCCGAUGGGAACUGGCAUCGCGCCAGCAAAGGAGCUCCCGAGCAGGUCCAGCGUCCUGCCCGCUUUUUAUCGAUUCCAUUUUCGGUUUUGGCUUAUAUGCACUGUGUUGAGAUUUCUCGGUUGACCCAUCGGAAACAGAUCCUGGAUCUCUGCCACUGCAAGGAGGACGUCAGGCGGAAGGCCCACUCUAUCAUCGACAAGUUCGCCGAGCGUGGACUUCGAUCCUUGGCUGUGGCUCGUCAGGUCCGUUGACUCAUCCACGUAAUGGUCAUGGGAGCGCAGUCAACAGCGCUCCCUCUCUCUCUCUCUCUCACACACACACUAAUGUUUCUUUCUAUUGUCGUCAAUUUCAGGAAGUUCCCGAGAAGUCAAAGGAGAGCUCCGGCGGUCCCUGGCAAUUCGUUGGCCUCCUGCCUCUCUUUGACCCCCCCCGGCACGACAGUGCGGAGACCAUUCGAAGGGCUCUUAACCUCGGAGUCAACGUGAAGAUGAUCACCGGUACAUAGUCAACCCUUUCUCCCCUCACAUCAUCGCUCUACCGUAUGUACUGGGCUCAACGCCGCCUUCUCCAGGUGACCAGCUCGCCAUCGCCAAGGAGACGGGAAGAAGACUCGGCAUGGGAACGAACAUGUACCCCUCCUCCGCCUUGCUCGGCCAAGACAAGGAUGCCUCCAUCGCUGCUCUCCCCGUCGACGAGCUGAUCGAGAAGGCCGACGGGUUCGCCGGAGUGUUCCCAGGUAACUGGGUGGAAACUUGAUUUCUUCGGCUCUGUAAACCUCCAUUUGAUCUCAUUUUCACUUGCGUUUCUCUCUCUAAAUCCUUGCAGAGCACAAGUAUGAAAUCGUCCGGAAGCUACAGGAGAGGAAACACAUAUGUGGGAUGACCGGAGAUGGUGUGAACGAUGCUCCGGCUCUGAAGAAGGCCGACAUUGGUAUUGCCGUCGCCGACGCCACCGACGCCGCCAGAGGCGCCUCCGACAUCGUCCUGACCGAGCCUGGUCUCAGCGUCAUCAUCAGCGCCGUUCUCACCAGCAGAGCCAUUUUCCAAAGGAUGAAGAACUACACGGUAAAGUUGGUCUAUUCCCCUCUUUCUUCGCACUACAACCCAAGAUACCCGUGCCUCAUCUCAUUCCGUUUUCUUUCUUGGAACUCGCAACAGAUCUAUGCCGUCUCCAUCACCAUCCGUAUUGUGGUAUGUGUCUUGAUACUCCCUCUCUCUCUCUCUCUCUCUCUCUUUCUCUUUCUAGAUAUAUCAAUUAUCUAUAUAUACACACUUGGAUCGUGGUCCUUUGAAUGGAUAUCAGACAAUUUACGAUCGUGUUUUACGGAUCGAAGUGCUCGAAUUUAAUCGCGGAUGUUGGUUUCUUCUAAUGAUGCAGCUCGGGUUCUUGCUCAUUGCUCUGAUAUGGAGGUUCGACUUCUCGCCCUUCAUGGUUCUGAUCAUUGCCAUCCUGAACGACGGUGAGCUCCUAUCACAGACGACGGAGAACAUCAAAUCUCUCUCUCUCUCUGUCUCAUGACAGAGUCAACCCCGAGCAGAUCUGGAUGAUCGAUGCUGACCUCCUGCCAUGGUCUCCGCCCAUUCCUUCCCAGGAACGAUCAUGACCAUCUCCAAGGACAGGGUCAAACCAUCCCCCCUCCCGGAUAGCUGGAAGCUGAAAGAAAUCUUCGCCACCGGAGUCGUCCUGGGCAGCUACCUGGCCCUGAUGACUGUUAUCUUCUUCUGGGCAAUGAAGGACACCGACUUCUUCUCGGUACCCCUCUCUCUCUCUCUCGAUACACGAAUGACGUGGGAGUGGUUUGAGCUGGAUUCAUGGGGGUCUUGCGAGCUCAUUCGGUCUUCUUGAUGCAGGAAAAGUUCCAUGUUAGGUCGAUUAGGGGCAACAAGAACGAGCUGAUGGCGGCGCUGUACCUGCAAGUGAGCAUCGUCAGCCAGGCCCUCAUAUUCGUGACCCGUUCUCGAAGCUGGAGCUUCGUAGAGCGCCCCGGAUUCCUCCUCAUCACCGCCUUCAUCAUCGCUCAGCUGGUAAGCCCCCUGAAAACUUGGAAGAAGAGAGAGAGAGAGAGAGAGAGAGAGAGAGAGAGAGAGAGAGGGAGAGAGAGAAGCCUGAACUCGUCAUGCAUGUUUGGAACAGGUGGCGACCGCCAUAGCCGUCUACGCCAACUGGGGCUUCGCCAGGAUCAAGGGCAUCGGCUGGGGCUGGGCCGGAGUCAUCUGGCUCUACAGCCUCAUCUUCUACUUCCCCCUCGACGUCAUCAAGUUCGCCGUCCGCUACAUUCUCAGCGGCAAGGCCUGGGACAACCUCCUCCAGAACAAGGUAUAUAUUCUUUACAACUAUAUAUAUAUAUAUAAAUAAAUACGUAUGUAUUGAUUUCAUAUAGUAAGGUAUAUAUCGUAUAUUGAUUUCAUUCGGGUGGGUGGACGACAGACGGCCUUCACGACGAAGAAAGACUACGGGAGAGAGGAGAGGGAGGCUCAGUGGGCCAUGGCGCAGAGAACUCUCCACGGGCUGCAGCCGCCUGAGGCCACUAACCUGUUCGCCGACAAGAGCAGCUACAGGGAGCUCUCGGAGAUCGCCGAGCAGGCCAAGCGGCGGGCUGAGAUCGCCAGGUACGCCCCCUCGGAGUCAACUUUUAGUUAAUUAAUCAAUUUGUGGUGAGAUUUUUCCUUUUUUUUUACCGGGGUUGACGUUGACCUUGGGGGUGGGUGCGUUGACUGGGCAGGCUAAGGGAGCUGAACACUCUGAAGGGCCACGUGGAGUCUGUGGUGAAGCUGAAGGGGCUCGACAUAGAUACCAUCCAGCAGCACUACACGGUGUGA